AUGAAAGAAAAUUGUGAAAUUUUCGCUGAUUUCCUACUUUCUUCUCUUAACAAAUGUUUAUCUGAGGGUGGUUUUCUAAAAGAGGCUGAUGUUAUACCCAUAUUUAAAAAAGGAUUUAGUACCCAACACUGUCUUCUGGCCAUGCUGGAAAAAUGGAGAAAAUGCAAUGAUGAGAAUAAAAUAAUUGGCGCACUUCUAACUGAUCUAUCUAAAGCGUUCGACUGUCUUCCACACGACCUACUAAUUGCAAAACUCAAUGCAUAUGGUUUUGACGAAGUUGCUCUCAAAAUUAUAUAUAACUAUUUCGUAUACUUAUGCGAUCUUUUUUUCAUGAUAACUGAGGUUGAGUUUGCAAGUUUUGCCGAUGAUACUACACCUUAUACAGUAGGUGAAUCCCUAAAUGAUGUUAUAAAGUCUCUGAAAAAAGCCAGCUCAGAUAUUUUUAAGUGGUUUGAACUUAAUCAAGUUAAAGCAAAUCCGGAAAAAUGCGAUCUAAUUUUUAACGUCAAUGAAAAAGUACAGUUUGAAUUGAAAAAUAAUAUCAUUGAAAGCAGCCCAUCAGUUAGGUUACUAGGGGUAAAGAUUGAUAAUAAGCUUAAUUUUGAGGAACAUGUCAGGUCAAUAUGUAAAAGUGCUAGUCAAAAGCUACACGCCCUCGCGAGAAUUUCACCCUAUAUGAACAUUAACAAGAAAAAGAUGAUACCGCAGGAAGAUUGUGAAUGUACGGCAAUCAUAAAAAUAGGAAGUAUUUAUAAGCAAGGGUCCCACUAUUACAUACAGACCUACUUGGAAGAAUGUAAGUAUAAAGAGGUUGAAAGGUAUGGCGCUGGUUAUUGGAGUGAAUCCGAGGCUGAGGAUGACGAGAGUUUAGCAGAGUUCUAA